AUGGAAAUUCCUGGUGUAAGACUGUCAAGGGCUUGUCAAGCCUGCCGGAUAGUGAGUACUCUCGAUCUCUCUGAGUACCUCGCUGAAGUGCUCCAGGCCAAAGUUCGUUGCAGAGUAUCUGAAGUCGAAUCGAUAUGUGUCAGAUGUAAGGAAGCAGGUUUAGGUUGCAAUCGUGUGCCAACGAGGAGGGGUCGUACAAAGGGCAGCAAGAAUCGAAAGACCCUUGAGAGGCUGCAAGGCAUGAGACACAAUCUCGGGGACUCAAUGCCGCAGCGUAGGAAGUCCACAGAAAAAAACCCUACAGCAAACAAUUUAGGCAUAGACGGUGAUAGAGGGAAUAACGAUCGCUCACUAAGCCCUAUGAAUCUGAUCUGGACUCGUACUCACAAUAUCAGUCCAUCGACAGCACCAAUCCCACUUCCGCAAGAAUCUCAUCCCUCAUCUAACAUCGCCUCUUCAUCCCGCCGUCCCGCCCUCGAUCAGCUAAAAGAGUCAUUCCCGACGUCUCGCUCAAAUCAGAUAACCCUGCCUACGCACAUCUCUAGCCCUAGUGCUAUUGAAGGGGAUCUUCAAAAUCCUUUGCUUUGGUUAGCGGAAUGUGCUCGACAAGGGUGGGACUCUCAGACUGUUUCAGCACCAUUAGGUUUUCCUCCUUCGCGAUCGGUAUUACCAAGUGAGGACUUGAGAUUGUUGGAUCAGUGGGGGAACAAGGAGUUGUUCAAAGCAUUACACGAUCAGCAGACAUUCUUCCAGCAUGGUUUAUAUGGAACUAAACGAGAUGUUAGUGAGGGAUUAGAUCCUGUGCAGAAGGGCCUUAUUGUGGAAGAGGAGGUACUGGAGCUGUUCGAUAGCUAUUUCCGAUAUUGUCAUCUGCAAAUGCCCAUACUCGAUACAUCCCUCCACACUCCGAGCUAUGUCAAAUCUCGCUCUGCAUACCUCUUCACGGUCAUCCUCAUGGUCGGCGCUAUUGCCUUGGCCACCCUGCCCAACUCAUCAGCCAAGCGUUGUCAGACCGCAAAUCAGCUACAUGCACAUGCGGAGAAAUUGCAGUCUGUAUUAUGUGCAGCGGCGGCGAAAUCGACGGAGAUAGUGCAAGCAGAAAUGCUCUUCAUCGAGUGGGGCCUGCGCAAGAAUCGACUGGUUGAUGACCAGCGUUGGGCAAGAAUGGGAUGGGCUAGUCGUCUGACCUCCUCGAUCGGUCUUCAGCAUGCGGGAUCGAGAUCAGCCGACGAACUGGAGCGUGAUCUAUUGGCAAGAAACGAUUUCAGGCUGAGGGUAUCUCUGAUACUGUUUGAAAGCAGAUGGGAAGCUAUCACUGAUAGAAAAGCGGUCUCUCCUGACAUAUCUGAGUUAUCGGCUGUCGAGGUGGAUAGGCUGAGGCGAUGCGGACCUUUUGAUUCUGAGGCUAUUCUUGCCGCAGAUCACGCCUUGUAUCUGUUCGAGGUUGACUCGAAGGAGAGGCUCUCUCGUCUCUCUCCACACUCUGCGAUAGGAUUCGAAGCUGAGAAAAGCUGGAUAUCCACAUUUCUGAAUGCUUGGGAAGAUCGUUGGUUAUCGCCACAUUCCGACUCACUCAAGAGAUGGCAUUAUCGCUAUAUCUCCCUCCGCUCACGGCUGGUCGGGCUUUUACGCAUCUCCAGAGCUCAAUCCUCACCUGACAAAUGGACUUCGGAGACACGUCAAGAACUGUUGAGACUAGCCAUACAGAUGCUUGAAGGGGCGUUGUGCCAUGAAAGAGCAUUGCACAUGAUUGGAAGGACCUCAGCGCUUGUCUUCGCGUCUACGAUCGUCCUACAACUGACGGAGCCAGAUGCCAGGAGCAGAGAUCUCAUAUUGAGGGUUGCUCUUAGGCUGGCAGGAGAUCCCAAUCAGGAUCUAAUGACUUACGAGAAGCAUAACGGGUUUCAACUUAUCAAUAUGUUGUGCUUAAGCUCUAUAGCCAGAAGAACGGGAUCUCAUAUAUCCAACGCUGGUGAGGUAUCGGACUUGACAGGGAGUUCAUUUGACGUGUCUCUUGCCUCCGCCAUUCCGCCAAGUACCGAAGAAGCACCCUCAACAUCCCAACCAGCCGUCUUCAGUGCAGCGACAGAACCGGCGACGUUCGCUUGGGCAGAUGUCGAGCAAAUUUUCGGUACAGCCAGAAUCGACUUGCCUUACUUUCCCACUUCCGCUUUCUUACACAGUAAUUUAGGAUCUAUCGCCGGUGGAUCCCUUAGUGUCGACGCAAUUUUCAGAACUGAUGGAUCAGCCGACCAAGAUCACUCAUUUGGCAACCCUACUUUCGAGAUGGAUACAGCUAUGGGCGGAUACAUGGAGUAUGUCAGCUCGGCAUUGGGAAAUUAG